GUUUUCUGAGCUCAAACAUCUUUCUCUACCCCUUAAAAUUCUUUACUUUGACCCUGUGUACUCUCUCAUUCCCUCAUUCGACACUUUUGUAGGGUUCUUUUCUUCUUCUUCUUCUAAUUAUUAAUCUCCAUCGUCUCCUCCCACCAUAAAGUCACUACCUUUACCUUUUCCCUCUGCCAUCCCUCCAAUCCCCACAUUGUUCACUCCAAAAUGGCAUCUUUCGCUCCUUCCUCUUCUUCUUCUUCUGAUAACCCAAUACCCAUCUGGACUCCAUCCUCCUCUGUAUCUGCUUUUCCCGACGAGCCGUAUGAAGACUCCUGCAGUAUCUGCCUCGAGCCUUUCUGCUCCGAUGACCCAGCCACCAUUACCAGCUGCAAACAUGACUAUCAUCUCCACUGUAUAUUAGAAUGGUCACAAAGAAGUAAAGAAUGCCCAAUUUGUUGGCAGUUACUUGUCUUGAAGGAUCCGGCUAGCCAAGGGCUUCUAGAUGUUGUACAGAAUGAGAAGCGCUCAAGGGCAAGAAACAUAUCUUCCAUUGCCCCCCCAACUUUUCAUAAUUCCUCUGAGGACUUUGACUUUGAACAUGAUUCGUUCUCAGAUGACUCCGAUUUGGACGAGCGUAUUAUGCAGCAUCUUGCUGCUGCGUCUAGCAGGGCUCGUUAUGUACGCAGAAGGGAAAGACAGAGAUAUUCUGGACUGGGCCCUUCCAAUGGUUUUAAUUUUUCCCCUCGUGAAAAUGUUUCUGGUAUGGAGCAAGCACACCCAACUUCUCCUGUAGAACGUCCAAGUUUCACCUAUGGGUCACCAGGAGGUGAUUCACCAACUUCUCCAAGACCACCUGUUGUUCAACCUCCACCAUCUUUUAUCUGCAGCACUGCUGCCAACAAUGAUCCUUUCAAACCAAGAGUUCUCUUUGGCCAGCCAACACCUAAUGGACCACAAAGACAAAGCCCAUCUGAGAUGCUCAAUUUUCCCGAGUCAAUCAAAUCAAAGCUGUCUGCUGCUUCAGCCAGAUACAAAGAGUCCAUCUCCAAAGGCACCCGAGGGUUGAAGGAAAAGCUACUUGCUCGUAACAACUCAGUCAAGGAGAUGAGCAUAGGAGUUCAACGUGAAAUGACUGCAGGAAUUGCUGGUGUUGCACGAAUGUUCGAGCGCCUAGACCUUACCUCAAAGAAACCUGGUGCCCCUACUCCAGUUUCUGGUCGUAGUGGGGGUACUUCAAACUUCUCCGUCAAGGGAAAAGCUGUGCUAGAGAAUGUUAUUGUUCAGUCGUGUAAUAAAAGUAGUGGAAGAAUUGCUGAUGAAAGUUCAGAAGCACCCUCUCAGAUCAUCAGGCUGACUUGAAGUUUCUGUCCAGAGUGGCCAAUGUUGCUACAGGGUUUGGAUUUAGCUCAUCGAAGAAUAAUUGUUUGUGUUUUACUUCUCAAGCACAAGGCAUAUCAGCAAGUGACGUUAUGGUUAAAGCCAAGCUGCUGGUUGGUUUUGCGUCCUGCAUUGCCUAUUUAUGCAAAACAAAAGAACCCUUAGUUAUUCCAUGUGGAUGAGUUAUGUGCCCUGUCCAGCACUUAUUUUGCUUAGUUGCGUAGGUUAUGUAUUCUGGGGAAUUCCUUAUAUAUACCAGUUGCAAAUGGAUUCCAGGGAAUUCCUUAUGUAUACCAGUUGCCUUGACUGGUUAACUCGUUUUAUAAUAUAGUCUUAUUUUGCUUCAUUGUUUA